AGUCGAUUCUAAGUAUCCCUUAAAGGGAAGAGACACGUGAGCAGUUUCCUAGUCUCCCCGAGUGUUUUCAUCCCCUCGGUUUGGGGGUGUUUCCCUGGGGACGGCUGGGACAGCAGUAGCGUGUUCGGCAGGCUAGUGAAGCCGCCGGACUACAGGAUCCACAGUCCUUUGGAAACUUGUAGUUCCACGCUUGUUGGUUACUUCGGCUUUCCUGGGGAGUGACGCUGAAAAAACAAACUCUGAUUGGUCAGGCCUGGGCUGAAUUCUCCAUUUAUGGACAGAUUGCCCGGCCCGAGCCCAGGCUGAGCCAGAGAAGAGUUCGGAUUAAGUGUUAGGAGAGAGAGGGUCCAGGCAGGGCAGCCGGACAAGCAGUUCCGCAGAGCGCAUCGGGUGCAUCUCUAGACAGCUGAGCAUCGUCAGGUUCGAGUGUGCACCAGGUCGGCUAAGUCUUGCCUCACCUAGCGUCUCGGAUCCCGCCUGGAUGGAGUCCCAUCUGGGUUUCCAUUGGCUCCUGUGAGUGCUUGGGUGUCUGGAGCUUGUUUUUUUUGGCAAAGGGAACCAACUUUUGAAGUUCGCCCAGGAGACCGCGUUCCAGCUCCAGUGCCCAGGCAGCCGGACCCGGAGGAGGCGCGACAGCGGCGGGAGUCACCAUGGGCCCUGUCCGUGAGCUCUGGGCUCUUAGGAAAGCGUGAGACAAGAUGAUAAAAACUAAACCAGACCUGCAAUCCCAUCACUAAAUUGAAUGAGGGCAGCAAAGGCGCCUACCGGUACCAUUGGCAGAGCCACAAUGUCAAGCAUAGCGGUGUGGAUGACAUGGUGCUACUCUCCAAGAUCACAGAGACCUCCAUUGUAGAGAACCUGAAGAAGAGAUACAUGGACGACUACAUCUUUACAUACAUAGGGUCCGUGUUAAUCUCCGUCAACCCUUUCAAGCAGAUGCCGUAUUUUGGAGAGAAGGAAAUUGAAAUGUACCAAGGAGCGGCGCAGUAUGAGAACCCGCCUCAUAUCUAUGCCCUGGCCGACAGUAUGUACAGGAACAUGAUCAUUGACAGAGAGAACCAGUGUGUCAUCAUCAGUGGUGAGAGUGGCGCUGGAAAGACAGUAGCUGCCAAAUACAUCAUGAGCUACGUCUCCAGAGUGUCCGGAGGAGGCCCCAAGGUCCAGCACGUCAAGGACAUCAUCCUGCAGUCUAACCCCCUCCUCGAGGCCUUUGGGAACGCCAAGACGGUGCGCAACAACAACUCCAGCCGAUUUGGAAAAUACUUUGAAAUCCAGUUCAGUCCAGGUGGGGAACCAGAUGGUGGCAAGAUCUCCAAUUUCCUUCUGGAAAAGUCCAGAGUGGUGAUGAGGAACCCGGGAGAGAGGAGCUUUCACAUAUUCUACCAGCUCAUCGAGGGUGCCUCUGCAGAGCAGAAGCAAAGCCUCGGCAUCACCAGCAUGGACUACUAUUACUACCUGAGCCUCUCAGGGUCCUACAAGGUCGAUGACAUUGACGACAAACGGGAGUUCCAGGAAACCCUGCAUGCCAUGAAUGUGAUCGGGAUCUUCUCAGAGGAGCAGACGCUGGUGUUGCAGAUUGUGGCUGGAAUUCUCCACUUGGGAAACAUUAGCUUCAAGGAAGUGGGCAACUAUGCCGCGGUGGAGAGCGAAGAAUUUUUGGCUUUUCCUGCGUAUCUGCUGGGUAUAAACCAAGACCGGUUAAAGGAGAAGCUAACGAGCCGGCAGAUGGAUAGUAAGUGGGGAGGGAAGUCGGAGUCCAUCCACGUGACCCUCAACGUGGAGCAGGCCUGCUACACCAGGGACGCACUCGCCAAGGCCCUGCACGCUCGAGUCUUUGACUUCCUGGUAGAUUCCAUCAAUAAAGCCAUGGAGAAGGACCACGAGGAAUACAACAUCGGCGUCCUAGACAUCUACGGCUUUGAAAUAUUUCAGAAAAAUGGCUUUGAACAGUUCUGCAUCAAUUUCGUUAAUGAGAAAUUACAGCAGAUUUUUAUUGAGCUGACGUUAAAGGCAGAACAGGAAGAAUACGUUCAGGAGGGAAUAAGGUGGACGCCCAUUGAAUACUUCAAUAAUAAAAUCGUGUGUGACCUCAUAGAGAGCAAAGUCAACCCUCCUGGAAUCAUGAGCAUCCUGGAUGACGUGUGUGCCACCAUGCAUGCUGUGGGUGAGGGUGCCGACCAGACGCUGCUCCAGAAGCUCCAGAUGCAGAUCGGGAGCCACGAGCACUUCAACAGCUGGAACCAAGGCUUCAUCAUUCACCACUAUGCCGGGAAGGUUUCCUAUGACAUGGACGGCUUCUGUGAAAGGAACCGGGACGUGCUCUUCAUGGAUCUGAUUGAACUCAUGCAGAGCAGUGAGCUGCCUUUUAUACAAUCUUUAUUUCCUGAAAACCUGCAAGCCGACAAGAAAGGCCGCCCAACGACCGCAGGAAGCAAAAUAAAGAAACAAGCCAAUGACCUCGUGAGCACCCUAAUGAAAUGUACACCCCACUACAUCCGCUGCAUAAAACCAAACGAAACUAAGAAGCCCAAAGACUGGGAGGAGAGCAGGGUAAAACAUCAAGUAGAAUACCUGGGUCUCAAAGAAAACAUCCGAGUGAGAAGAGCCGGUUAUGCUUAUCGGCGAGUCUUCCAGAAGUUUCUACAGAGGUACGCCAUUCUGACCAAAGCCACUUGGCCUGUGUGGAGAGGAGAUGAGAAGCAAGGGGUUCUGCAUCUGCUACAGUCAGUCAACAUGGACAAUGACCAGUUCCAGCUCGGAAAGAGUAAAGUGUUCAUCAAAGCCCCAGAGUCUCUAUUUCUUCUGGAAGAGAUGAGGGAGAGAAAGUAUGACGGGUAUGCCCGGGUGAUACAGAAAACGUGGAGAAAGUUUGUGGCCCGGAAGAAAUAUGUCCAAAUGAGAGAAGAAGCCUCAGACCUGCUGUUGAACAAGAAGGAGAGGAGAAGAAACAGCAUCAACCGGAACUUCAUCGGGGACUACAUUGGGAUGGAGGAGCACCCGGAACUGCAGCAGUUUGUAGGCAAGAGGGAGAAGAUCGACUUCGCUGACACCGUCACCAAGUAUGACAGGAGGUUCAAGGGUGUCAAGCGAGAUCUGCUGCUAACCCCCAAGUGCCUGUACUUAAUCGGGAGAGAAAAGGUGAAGCAGGGCCCGGACAAAGGCCUGGUGAAGGAAGUCCUGAAGCGGAGGAUCGAGAUGGAGAGGCUCCUGUCCGUGUCCCUCAGCACCAUGCAGGAUGACAUCUUCAUUCUCCAUGAGCAAGAAUAUGACAGUUUGCUGGAGUCUGUCUUCAAAACGGAAUUCUUGAGCCUCUUAGCAAAGCGAUACGAGGAAAAAACCCAGAAACAGCUACCUCUGAAAUUCAGCAAUACCCUUGAACUGAAGUUAAAAAAGGAGAACUGGGGUCCCUGGAGUGCCGGAGGGUCCCGGCAAGUGCAGUUCCACCAAGGCUUCGGCGACCUGGCCAUCCUCAAGCCCAGCAACAAAGUGUUGCAGGUCAGCAUUGGACCUGGGCUGCCCAAGAACUCUCGUCCCACCAGAAGGAACACCAUCCAAAGCAGAGGGUAUUCUGGUGGAACUAAGAAUGCCAAUUACCCAAUGAGAGCUGCCCCUGCUCCCCCAGGAUGCCAUCAAAAUGGAGUCAUCAGAAACCAGUUUAUGCCUCCUCAUGCUCCUGGAAACCAGAGGUCCAAUCAGAAAAGCCUGUACACCUCUAUGGCCCGCCCACCCCUGCCACGGCAACAGUCCACAGGCUCAGACCGAUUGUCACAGACCCCAGAGAGCCUGGAUUUCCUCAAAGUUCCAGACCAGGGUGCUGCUGGAGUCCGAAGACAAACAACCAGCAGGCCUCCACCAGCAGGGGGCAGACCGAAGCCCCAACCUAAGCCCAAGCCUCAGGUGCCACAGUGCAAGGCUUUGUACGCCUAUGACGCUCAGGACACAGACGAACUCAGCUUCAAUGCCAAUGAUGUUAUUGAUAUUAUUAAAGAAGAUCCUUCUGGCUGGUGGACGGGUAGACUGCGAGGCAAGCAGGGCCUGUUUCCCAACAACUAUGUCACCAAGAUCUGAGGCGCCCAGAGACUGAUGUGCGGGCAGAGGAGCUCUAAGCAUGGACUGGGGAGGGGACUUCCUGGGGUCUCCCCUUCUGAUCCACAGUGAGCUAGCACCUUCCCCAUGGAAGACACAGACAAACUUGGAUGAGGAACAAGGAGUGUCACUCCAUAAAUAACCCUAAAAGGUAGCCUAAUCCCCAGAGUGCAAAAACAACCACCCACUAAGAUUUAUUUAUUGUAUUUAAAUCUGGUGAGAGUAGCAGGGGCCGCUUGCUAGGGCGGGGAACUAACCCACAGCCCCUAGUUCACUCCCCAGACCCAGGGGACAGCAGGUGGCCACUCUUGACAAGUGCCUUUGGUUGAAGAGCACAUUUUAUUCCUUCCUCUUCCACACCUGAUACAUUCCUCUCUGCUAACCCUCCUUCAGGGAGGACCUGCUCUCUGGAGGCUGGACUUGGUGUGAACAGACACUCACUUGUCAAUGCCAAGGACAGGCCCUUCUUCAGAGCCGGCGGGAGCCAGGGCCAAGACUGCUGGUGGGGAAGGAGCUGGAUGCUAGGCUGUUGGUCUUGCUUUCUCUUGGUCUUUGGUUAUAAUGUGGCUGGCCCAUGUUGGUUUUAUGUUUAAUGCUGUGCUUAUAAUAAGAAAGAUCUCCUCCCCCCAAGCUGUACAUUUAUAAAAAGUGAUCAUAUACUGUAUAUAGAAAAAUCUAGAAGCACGUAUGAAUGCAGCAGGUAGUAUUCCACUGUAACCAUUCAUGAAGGUAGGUUUUAUUACAGGACUCGCACCAGGUACUUACAGAUGUGCCCUCUCCUCUUCGCCUACAGAAGCAGUCACUGCAUUCCUGCAUAGACCCGCAUACCCCUCCCCCUUACUUUUUCCUGUAGGUAAUUCUCCUGUGACCCUUCUGCCACCCUCCCCUACCUCCUAAAUAAACAUAAAGGAAUCAGUGAAA